CUCUAUAGUCUAUAGUCUAUACCCUCCAUAGCUAGCUGUUCAGUAUCGAUCAAACCAGAUAUUUCUUUCUGUUAUUUAUAUAUAUAUAUAUAUAUAUAGCAAUGGUUGUGCUUUCUCCUUCUCCAACUUCCAUCAAGACAAGCUACAAGAAAAAAAAGACAAUGAAAAUUCCAACGAUAGACCUAUCCAUGGAAAGGACAGAGUUGUCGGAAACAGUGGUGAAAGCCUGCGAGGAAUACGGUUUCUUCAAGGUGAUUAACCACAAUGUUCCGAAGGAGGUUAUUGCAAGAAUGGAAGAGGAGGGUGCAGAGUUUUUCGCCAAACCCACCCACGAGAAGCGUCGAGCUGGCCCAGCAAGUCCUUUCGGUUAUGGCUUCACCAAUAUCGGGCCCAACGGAGAUAAGGGUGACCUAGAGUAUCUCUUGCUUCAUGCCAACCCUCUUUCCGUCUCUCAGAGAUCCAAAACCAUCGCUAGUGACUCCACCAAGUUCAGUUGUGUUGUGAAUGAUUAUGUAGAAGCAGUGAAAGAAGUAACGUGUGAGAUUUUAGAUCUGGUGCUUGAGGGAUUAGGAGUCCCAGAGAAGUUUGCACUAAGCAAGCUCAUUAGGGAUGUUAAUAGUGAUUGUGUUCUAAGGAUCAAUCACUACCCUCCAUUGAACCAGAAGUUGAAGGGCAACAAGAAUAGCAUUGGUUUUGGGGCGCAUUCUGACCCUCAGAUCUUGACAAUCAUGCGUUCCAAUGACGUGGGUGGGCUUCAAAUUUACACCCGUGAAGGGUUGUGGAUUCCUAUCCCUCCUGACCCCAAUCAAUUCUUUGUCAUGGUGGGCGAUGUCUUCCAGGUUUUGACAAAUGGAAAGUUCAUGAGUGUGAGGCACAGGGCAUUAACCAACACAUUGGGGGCAAGGAUGUCAAUGAUGUACUUUGCAGCACCACCACUUGAUUGGUGGAUCACUCCGCUAGCCAAGAUGGUGUCACCACCACAAAAUCCAAGUCUAUAUAAGCCCUUCACAUGGGACCACUACAAGAAGGCAACAUAUUCCUUACGCCUCGGAGAUUCUCGACUUGAUCUCUUCUUGGCCCAGCUAGAUACCCAUCAUCUAUCUGUCUCUCCAUCACAAAUUCAAUGUUAAUUAUUUACUCAGGACUCGGCAGGAUUAAAAACAUUAUUUAGGAUAGUUUUGGAUCUGAUAUGAUGCUAAUCUUCAUACUUAUUUGAAUUUCCAAUGUAAAACGUUAUUCUGUUAUUACAAAAAAGGACUUUAUUAGUGAUUAAAA